GAGAGGGGUGGAGCCAAAUAGGCUUUAAAAAGGAAAGACGAGUCAUUCUACUCUUCAAAAUGAGAAGCCAUGUUUGGGGAGGAAUCGUAUGUCCUUAUUUCAUUAAGGGUCGUGGUUGGAACUUUCCACCAAUUCUUCCCUAUUUUCCUUUUUCUAUCCUUGGCCCUGCAACUCUGCUUUGUCACAGUGAAGACAGUGGCAGGCCUCCAGUGCAUGGCUAUUCAACUCUGUGAAAUUUGUCAUUAGUGUGUCAGAUAUUUCUUACCAGCUUCCCCAAAACUUAGAGUUUCCCCUCAGGCUGCAUUUAGAUGCUGUCUUGAGUUGAAGGAGAAGGAGUAGGAGGGCAACAGCAGAGCAACAGAGGAAAAGAUACCCCAGAGCUGCAGGCCAACCUGAGUGGACACACUGAGUCAGAUGUACCUACCUUGCCCGGGCUGUGCGCAAGCAAAGUCAGCUUACUUGCUAUUGAGAGUUCAAGCCCAUCAACAUCAUGCUGCAUUUGCUUGUCAUUGUGUUGCUGGUAGUUUUCAAAUUUAGUUUCGUUAGCCUCUCAGCCUUGCAGCACUGGAACUGUCCUGAAGGCUCUCCCUCUGGAAAUGGGAAUUCUACUUGUGCAGGUCUUGUGCCCUUUUUAAUUUUCUCCCAUGAAAAUAGUAUCUGUAGGAUUGAUUUGGAAGGAACGAAUUAUGAACAAUUGGUGGCAGAUGCUGGCAUAUCAGUGAUCAUGGAUUUUCAUUACAAUGAAGAAAGAAUCCAUUGGGUUGAUCUACAAAGACAACUCUUGCAAAGAGUUCAUUUGAAUGGGAGAAGGCAAGAGAAAGCAUACGAUAUAGAUAAAAAUGUUUCAGGAAUGGCAAUAAAUUGGAUCAAUGAAGAACUUAUUUGGUCUAAUCAACAGGAAGGAAUCAUUACAGUAACUGAUAUGAAAGGAAACAAUUCCUGGGUUCUCUUAAGUGCUUUAAAAUAUCCUGCAAAUAUAGCAGUUGAUCAGUUUAUGUUUUGGUCUUCAGAGGUGGGCAGCCUUCACAGAGCAGAUCUUGGUGGUAUGGAAGUGAAGCUUCUGUUAGAGACAUCAGAGACAAUAACAGCUGUAUCAUUGGAUAUGCUUGAUAAACGGCUCUUUUGGAUUCAGUACCACAGAGGAGGAGGUGAUCCUCGUAUUUGUUCCUGUGAUUAUGAUGGAGGUUCUGUCCUCCGUCAUAUUUAGCAAAUAUUUAGCAAAUAUUCCCUGCAGCACAAUCUGCUUGCAGCGUCCUUCUUUGGAGAUUGUAUCUUCUAUUCAACAUGGAAAAAGAAGACAAUUUGGAUAGCUAACAAGCACACAGGGAAGGAUAUGGUUAAAAUCACCCUCAACUCGUUAUUUGUGCCCCGUGGAAUUAAAGUGGUCCGUCCACUUGUACAGCCCAAGGCAGAGGGUGAUGCUUGGGCAUCUGAUCAGAAACUCUGCAAACUGAAGAAAGGUAACUGCAGCGGCAGCAUGUGUGAGCAAUAGCCUAAGUCCCAAGUGUGCACGUGUGCAGAGGGAUACACUUUAAGCCAAGAUGGAAAGAACUGUGAAGGUAAUCUGAUGAGUGUAGGUAAGUGUGCUUUUCGGAAUCAUGGCUACACAGAUGACUGUGAAAAUAUCCCUGGAUCCUAUUACUGCACAUGCCCUGAGGGAUAUGGUCUGCUUCCUGAUGGGAAAUGGUGUCACUAGUUAAUUUCCUGCCCAAGCAAUAUGUCUGAAUGCAGUCAGGACUGUGUUCUGACAUCAGACGGUCCCAUAUGUUCCUGUCCUGAAGGCUCAGUGCUUGACACAGAUGGAAAAAAUGCAUUGCUUUUUGUAGGCUGUUCAUCACCUGAUAAUGGGGGAUGUAGCCAGCUCUGCACCCCUCUCAGCCCAGUAUCCUGGAAAUGUGGCUGCCUUCCUGGGUAUGACCUACAACUGGACAAAAAGAGCUGUAGACCUUCAGGACCACCACUGUUUUUGCUGUUUGCCAAUUCUCAAGAUAUUCGAUACAUGCAUUUUGAUGGAACAGAUUAUGGAACCCUGGUCCACCAACAAAUAGGAAUGGUUUUUACCCUCGAUCAUGACCCUGUGGAAAAUAAGACUGUAUGCCUGUGUUCUUUUUCGUUGAUAUACUUUGCCCAUACAGUCCUGAAGUGGAUAGAAAGAGCUAAUAUGGAUGCUUCCCAGCGAAGGCUUAUCGAGGAAGAAGUAGGUUUACCAGAAGUUCUUGCUGUUGACUGGAUUGGCCAUAAACUCUACUGGACAGACAGAGGGAAAUCUCUCAUUGAAGGGAGUGAUUUAAAUGGAAAGUAUUGUGAAAUAAUCAUUAAGGAGGGCAUCUCUCAGCCACGGAAUGCUGUUCAUCCAAUGGCCAAGAGAUUAUUCUGGACUGAUAUGGGAAUUAAUCCACGAAUUGAAAGUUCUUCUCUUCAAGGCAGUGGCCGACUGGUUAUAGCUAGCUCGGAUCUGGUCUGGCCCAGUGGAAUAGCAGUUGAUUACUUAACUGACAAGUUGUAUUGGUGCGAUACCAAGCAGUCUGUGAUUGAAAUGUCCAAUCUGGAUGGCUCUAAAUGCCGAAGACUUGCCCAGAAGGAUGUAGGUCACUCAUUUGCCGUGGCUGUGUUUGAGGAUCACGUGUGGUUCUCUGAUUGGACUAUGCCAUCGAUAAUAAGGAUGAACAAGAGGAUUGGCAAAAAUAGCGUACGUCUCCCAGGCAGCAUGCUGAAGCCCUCAUCUCUGGUUGUAGUUCAUCCAUUGGCAAAACCAGGAGCAGAUCCCUGCUUACAUCAAAAUGGGUGUGAACAUAUUUGCAAAGAGAGGUUUGAAACUGCUCAGUGUUUGUGUCAUGAAGGUUUUGUGAAAGCUCCAGAUGGAAAAAUGUGUCUGGCUCUUGAUGGCCAUCGGAUAUUGGCAGAUCAUAUGACAAACGGUAGUGGAGCCAAUCUGAGUAGUGAAGUCCUGCCACUGGACAUCUUAGCUGGCAGCAGAGAGCUUGACUAUAACAUGGCAGAGUCUCAACACCUGCCAGUGGCUGAGAUGAUGGUGUCAGGUUUGAAUCAGGAUAUAAUAAAGACUGAUGCCAUGGGAUGCGGUACACGGGCUGAGUGCCUUUCAGAGGGAGCGGAUGUCACAUGUCAGUGUUUGAAAGGAUUUGCUGGAGAUGGAAAACAAUGUUCUGAUAAGAAUGGACGUGAGAUGGGUCUCUCAGUUUGCCCUCCCACCUCCCCCAAGUGUGUCAAUACAGAAGGCGGCUAUGUCUGCCGGCACUCAGAGGGCUACUAGGGAGAUGGAAUCCACUGUCUGGAUAUUGAUGAGCACCGACGGGGCGUGCACAGCUGUGGGGAAAAUGCCACCUGAACAAAUAUGGAGGAAAACCACACUUGCACGCGUGCUGGCGGCCUGUCUGAGCCUGGACAGAUUUGCCCUGACUCUACUCUGCUGUCUCACCUUGGGAAGAAUGGACACAAUUUUUUGAAAAAUUGUUUCCCUGAAUGUUCCCUGAAUUUUGAAGGGUACUGCCUCAAUGGUGGUGUCUGUAUAUAUUUUGGCAUUGACAACCUGUUCUCCUGCCACUGUCCCGUUGGCUAUGCCGGGAAGUGAUGUGAGUACGCAGACUUCGAUGGGUGGGAUCCGCACUGCGCUGGCCGUGGGCAUCAGUGGAACGUCAGCCUGGUGGCUGUCCGCGUGCUGGUGCUGGCUUUCCUGCUGCUCCCUGGGCUGUGCAGAGCUCACUACUACUACAGGACUCAGAAGUGGCUACUGAAAAAUCCAAAGAAUCCUUGUGAAGAACCGAGUGGAGAUGUGAUCCGUAGCAGGCCUGCAGAUGGCGAGGUUGUGCCUUCUUGCCCCCAACCUUGGUUCGUGGUUGUAAAGGAACAUCAAAACCUCGGGAAUGGGAGUCCACCCGAGGCCCUCAAGAAAGGCCUGGCAGCAGAUGUUGGCCAGUUUUCCCCGCUGGAUCCUGUGUCCUUGGAACAGUCAUCAUGGAGAACGGAGCCCCAGAUGUAUAUGGGCACAGAACACGGAGGCUGUAUUGGAAUUGCAUCAUCCAGCGAUAGAGGCUCUGGUGACCAGCGGGUGAAGUGUAGCUUUCAUCUCAUCUCCCAAGGGGCACGGCCCAUUGCUGAGGGGCUUGGGGAAUCCUGUCCUCUCCCAUCAGCUCACCCUUUGUGGCAACAAAGAUCUCCACACCAAAUGGAGCUGACUCUGAAAACUUGA